AUGUCCAUGCAUCUUAAAAGUUAUUAAAUAAACCAAAUAUUUGAACUGAAUCAGAAAAGGUAUUGGUUAAUAAAAAAUGAAAGUGAUAUUAUUAUUGUAUUAAAUAAUGGGAAGCGUAUUAAAGAACAACAGAAAAUUCUGAAAUAAAAAGUUUAAAGUUAUUUCAUUAUAAAAAGUCAAUUCGCGAGCAUAAUCAAAUGA